UAAAAAACGCUAGAAAUAGCCCAGGAAGAAUCGGAUCAGGUUCACCGUUUCCCAACGCGAGCGAAAGCUGCUCUCUUCCCGUGCAUUAUUCAUUCGUGACUUCGAGGGGAGGAGCCGAGAACGGGGACGUGGGAUCGAAUCGCCGACUUUCGUUCCGAUUGUCUGCGGUCAUACGGCGGCGAGAUCGCCGACGAAGAUGCGAGGUAGAAGAUGUGGAAGGAAGUCAGGGACAGGGAAGCGGGUAAAUUGCCAACGAGCGCAUUCGCCAGCCGUGUCCGCUCCCGCCGCCUUUCCGCCCUCGCCAUUUGCAACCACAAGGAGAUCAUCAGCCCCCACCACGGCGCCGUCAAUUCCCUUCAGGUUGAUUUGACAGAGGGACGAUAUCUGCUAUCUGGAGCAUCUGAUGGAUCAGCUGCCAUAUAUGAUAUCCAACAGGCUACUGAGUAUGAGAAAGGAUUGAUUGCAAAACACAAAAGUCUAUUUGUAGUUGACAAACAACAUGGAUACGGGCAUAAGUUUGCUAUAUCAACUGUCAUUUGGUAUCCUGUGGAUACUGGACUGUUCGUCACUGGUUCUUUUGACCACUAUGUCAAAGUUUGGGAUACAAAUAUGGCUCAGGUAGUCAUGGAUUUUAAGAUGCCUGGAAAGGUUUAUGGUACAGCAAUGUCUUCAGUAGCUAAGGCACACAUGCUUAUUGCUGCCGGGAGUGCAGAUGUUCAAGUUCGGCUGUGCGACAUUGCUUCUGGGGCGUUCACUCAUACAUUGUCUGGACAUCGUGGUGGAAUUAUGAAUGUGGAAUGGUCUACCAGUAGUGAGUGGAUAUUGAUGACUGGUGGCUGUGAUGGUGCAAUACGUUUUUGGGAUAUCAGACGCGCAGGAUGCUUCCGCAUUUUAGAUCAGUCACAGUCUCAGUUUGGGAGACGACCUCCAUUUCCUGAAAGAACACCAACAGAAGUUGUUACUAGAACAGCUGCUGCUGGGUCAUCUUCUGUAAAUAAACUUAUAUCCAAGAAGAAGGCUACUCUUGGUAAUGGGAAGAAGCAAUCACAAGCUGUAUGUAAACUUCAAAAUCUAACAACCUCACAUACGAUGCAUAAAUCCCAUCCGGGUACGGCGUCAAGUUACAGUCGUGCAACAGCCCAUUUCGGUGCAGUGACUGGAUUAAGAGCAACCAGAGAUGGCCUGUAUCUACUUAGCUCUGGUUCAGACUCGCGGUUAAGGCUGUGGGAUAUUGAAUCUGGCUGCAGCAUCUCAGUCAAUUUUGAAGCAACGCGCCUACAGACAAAUAAAGCAAUUCAGCUAGCUCUCAGCCAGGAUUCAUCUGCUGUAUUUAUUCCAUCCAUGUCAAAUGUGAAGGUGUAUGACGUGCUGUCUGGCUUGAACCUACAAACAUUUUAUGGUCAUUACGAUAUGGUCAACUGUUGUUACUUCAAUAUGCAGGAUCAGGAACUGUACACUGGGAGCAACGAUCGGCAUAUUCUUGUUUGGUCUCCUCCGAGUUCUUCAUUUAGUGACAUGGAUGAAGAAGAAAGAAAGAGACUAAAUUUGAAAGCAGAUGAAGAUAAUUGGAGCCAGUAAAGAAAGAUUUCAUGGAAGUUUUCUGUAAUCAUGGGUUCCUAUUCCUCUUUUCGUUCACUCGUGCUUAUGUUCCCCUAUGCCUCUCUAUCCUUUGACAUGGGGUGUACGCGAACAGGACUAGCUUGUAAUAGUUGUAACAGACCUUGUAUUAUGUUUGGUUCAUGAAAAGGAAUGCUGAGUAGAGUAGGAAAUGCUACAA